AUGGUCGAAAGUAUUAAAGGCUAUUUAAACUUUUACACGGUUUUUACCGUAACGUUCCUUUUUGUUUUCGAAAAUAAAUUCGUAAUUGCUAAUGUAAUGGGCAAUAUUUUGCCAAAUUGCCGACUUUUUAAGCAUAAAAAGCUUAAAACUUUUUUAAUAUUUUGUUCCGGUAACCCAACGGCCUUUUCCGACGUAUUCGACGUAGCGUCGGGCGUUAUUAUAAGCGGUACGAAAUCGCAAAUGCCCUUUUUAAACUUGCUUAAUCCUUUCCGGUAA